AUGAUAACAUCAUGGAUUGGCAUUGAUGGUAAUAAUGUCGAGAUGAAAUACACUGUGACUUUUGAUGAGAAGACCCUAAUAGAUCUUAUUGAUGAUGCGGAACUUGCAAACCUAUUUCAACAUAAUGAGAGAAGUGGGCAUGUGUAUAUAGCAUGCAAAGAAAAUGACAAUGUACAGGAAACAUUUGAUGAGCAACAAGUCAUAGAGGAAUUGCUAGGAGGCUCAGAACAAAGCCCUCUAACAAAUGAAGCACUUGGAGGACAUAGUAGCCUACCUUAUAGAGUACAAAGUGCACCCACACCCAUGCCUGAAUUGAACUCAUUGAAAUGGAAAAAAUUGUUGUCAGGAGUAUUGCAAACAUUUGCAAAUGCUGAUGCUUUUAGAGAGGCACUCUACAAGUAUAGUAUUGCUCACAAGUUUCAAUACAAUUUUUUGAAGAAUAGCAAGGAUAGGAUGUCUGUGAAAUGUAAAAUUGAAGGGUGUCCUUGGAAGAUAACAACAAAUGCGAUAGGGAAGCAAACUCCUUUCCUACGUGUGACACAAUUUCAAGAUGAACACGUUCAUCAUGCUCAAGACAACCUUCAAGUGAUACAUGCUCGAAGAGCUAGUCUAACGUCAUCUAUUAUAAUUGAGGAGGUAAGGUCUCACAUAGACAAGGGUCCAAACGAAAUUAAGAAGACAUUACAAAGAGACUAUGGUGUGAAUCUCACAUAUAAACAAGCAUAUGCUGCUAAGGAAAAAGCACUUGAGGAGAUUCAGGGUAGACCAGAGCAGUCUUAUAUGCUUAUACCAUGGAUAUGUCAACGGUUAAAGGAUACUGAUCCAAAAACUGUGGCUGAAUGGGUAGCUUCUCAUAAUAACAUUUUUGAGCGUGUCUUCAUAGCAUAUGGUUGUGUAGAAAGAUUCAUGAUUGGGGCAAGACAUAUACUAUAUAUAGAUGGAACUCAUUUAAGUGGCCCGUAUAAGGGCACCUUGCUAUCAGCCUCCGCAUAUGAUGCAGAUAAUGAAUUGUUGCCAUUUGCAAUUGGUAUUGUAAAAGGAGAGACAUAUGAGGACUGGAUAUGGUUUUUGGUUAUGAUUAAAAAGAUAAUAGGAUUAGUUGAAUUGACAAUUGUUUCAGACCGUCACAAUGCUAUAAUAAGAGCUGUACGGGAAAUAUUUGGUGGUGAGCGUCAUGCAUUUUGCUAUCGACACGUGAAGGAAAACUUUAGUGCAGAAUUGAUGAAAUUAAAUAGAGGUAAGAAAAGGACAAGUGCCCAGAGCAAGGAUGAUACGCUAAAAUUGCUUGAUGACAUUGCAUAUGCAAGGCUUGAAAGUGAGUUCAAUGAUGCUAUGGAAAAUAUGAGAAGUUUCUCUUCACAAUUAUUUCAGUGGCUUGAGAAUCAUGGGGAUGUUGAUAGGUGGGCUUUAAGCAAGUUUCCAUUUAGACGAUGGGACAAUAUAACAACAAAUCUUGCUGAGUCGUUCAAUGCAUGGAUGGUGAAAGAGAGGAGGCAUAAUGUUGCUCAAUUGAUCCAUGAGCAUCGAGAAAAGGUAGCAAAGAAAAUGUAUGCAUCAAGUAUGGCAAUGAGGAAGUGGAAAACUAUUGUUGGUCCAAACAUAGAAUCAAAAGUGAGAGAUCAUGUGGCUAGAGCUGAACAAAUGUUAGCUGAACAUUAUGGAGACAUGAUUUGUGUUCAUACAUAUUUUGGAGACUUACAGGUUGAUCUUCGUGCACAUCAAUGCAGUUGUGCAGCAUGGCAAAUGUCUGGAAUUCCAUGUCCACACGCUUGUACAGCCAUCAAACUCGUACAUGGUAAUGUGUAUGAUUAUAUUGAAGACUGCUACAAGAUUACAACACAAGAGAAGAUUUAUAAAAGGAGCAUGAUACCUGUUAUAACCAUUGAUAUGCCAAACCCAAAUAACUUAAGGAUGGAAAAUAUAAUGGGACAAAUUUUCCUCCAACCACCUCAGACUAGUCGACUUCCUGGAAGACCAAGAACUACGAGGCACGAAUCACAAUUCCAAAACACAAAAACAUACCACUGUUCAAGAUGCCAUCAAGCUGGUCAUACAAAAAAGACUUGCAAGAAUCCAAAUCCUUGUUGA